UAUUUUGAGGGAGAAAGAGGGGGCUCUACUUUAUUACCUUUUUUUGUGAUGCACGCAUCCAUGGCAGGACAGAGAAGAGUACGGACAGAGAGUACUGCUUAGAGAGUAGAAGGAAGAAACAAGAAGGAAAAGAAAAGAACCAACAAGUUUAGAUAGAGAGGACAGAUAGAGUGGUAUUUAGAGAGAAGAAGAGGGAAAACAGAGGCCUAUGAUAUGAUAGAGGAAUGGAACUCAAAAAAGGAAGAGAAAAGAAGGCUGGAGGGAAGGGAUGACAGUUUAAGCUGUCUGGAUUUUUUCUUUGGGUCUCUUGACAAAUUCAUGGCCUUGAGUUUGGUUUCAAGCUUGAAUCUUUGAAAACCCAUUGUAGAAAUCUCAAUACCCAUUUCAAAUCUGGGAAAAGAAAACACAAUUUUUGCUUGGUUAUUCAAGAUCUUGGUUUUGUUAGAUGAUAAGAAUGCAAUACAACUUGAAGGAAAAGGGUGUGUUGGAAGUUGGAGAUUUUGAUUCUGAAGCAAAGUGGAAGAAGAAAGAAGGAAGUUUUGCAAGCAAUGAACCAAUCUCUGUGCUGGACACAAGGAGGAGUCCGAGCCCUUCCACAUCAACAUCAACCCUCUCUUCAUCUCUCGGCGGCGGCGGAGUGGGCUCCUCCUCUGGUUCCACCGACAACACAGCCAGUCUGGCGGCGGUUUCCGGCAACAACCUCUGGCCGCCGGAGAGAGGGCCGGCAGAUUUAGCCGCCGCAUGCGGUGGCCGGAAGGACGAAUGGGCGUCGGAGCUGCAACCUAUUCCUGUGGGACUCGAGGUGUCUGGAGGUGAAAGAUUUGGGCUUGGGUUGGAGGAUUGGGAGAGCUUGUUGUCUGAAUCGGGUCAAGACCAGUCUCUUCUCCGGUGGAUUUCGAGCGAAGUCGAUGAUGGCUCUUUCAGCCUCAAGCAACUGUUGCAGAGCUCGAAUCCCAAUGAGCUCGACGGCAAUGUUAUUCCGGCAGUCAUCGAUCAGAGCUCCGGCUUCAAAAACGACGACAACAGUGUAAAGAUUUUGGGUCCAAACAAUGUUAAUCUUCAAAUCCCCAAUUUGGGUCCUUCUCUCAGCAAUCUAUUGCCUAAUGGCGUGGUUUAUCAGCAACAACAACAGCUUCAAAACCCAGAUGAGAAGCUUCAGAUUUUCAAUCCCCAACUAUUCAUCAACAGCAACAACCAGAUAAAUCAGAGUCAAAACUUGUUUACACCACCACUGUAUGCUCAACAACAAGACCCACUUCGCCUCCUUCAGCCUCACCCAAAGCGCCAGAAUUUGGGCGUUUUCGAUCCAGGCCUGGAGUUUUUACUCCGGCAACAACUACCACCACUGCCGCCACUGACAGUGCCCAAGCAGGAGGCGGCGGCAGCGGGCGGCGAUCAAACGCCUCCGCCUCCGCCGCCGCACCACCAGCUGUGCAAGGCUGCGGAGCUGAUACUGGCUGGGAAUUUCUCACACGCGCAAGGGAUAUUGGCGCGGCUCAAUCACCAGCUCUCCCCUGUGUCAAAGCCUUUUCAAAGGGCUACUUUCUACUUCAAGGAGGCUGUUCAGUUGUCUCUCAUUCCCAACCCAGUAGUCACUCCUCGGACUCCUACUCCUUUCGAUGGUAUCUUCAAAAUGGGUGCUUACAAAUUGCUCUCUGAAGUCUCUCCCUUGAUCCAAUUCAUGAAUUUCACUUCCAACCAGGCCUUGCUCGACGCUCUCGACGACGACACUCGUCGCGUCCACGUGAUUGAUUUCGAUAUCGGAUUCGGUGCUCAGUGGGCUUCUUUUAUGCAGGAGCUUCCGGGGAAGUGUAGCAGAGGUACUCCUUCUUUGAAAAUCACUGCCUUUGCUUCGCCUUCGACUCACCAUCCUCUCGAGCUGGGUCUUAUGCACGAAAAUUUAACCCAAUUCGCGAACGAAAUCGGUGUCAAUUUCGAGCUUGAAGUUGUGAAUUUUGAUGGGUUUGAUCCUAACUCUUAUUCAGUUCCCAUUUUCCGAUCAUCUGAUGAGGCCAUUGUUGUGAAUUUCCCUAUCUGGGCUUGUUCGAAUCGCCUGUCUGUGCUUCCUUCGCUGCUUCGCUUUAUAAAACAGCUUUCGCCCAAGGUAAUUGUAUCGAUGGAAUGCGGGUUUGAACGAGCCGACCUCCCAAUCUCACACCACCUCCUUUUAGCAAUCCAAUACUAUGAAAUUCUCCUGGACUCCAUUGAUGCUGUCAAUGCAAAUUCUGAAACCAUGAACAAGAUCGAGAAGUUCCUCGUGCAGCCAAGGAUCGAAAGCAUUGUGUCGGGGCGACUCCAUGGCCCAGACCACAUGCCCCAUUGGAGAGACCUUUUUGCUGCUGCGGGAUUCGCACCGGUUGCGUUCAGCAAUUUCGCUGAAACUCAGGCUGAAUGUGUGUUAAGGAGAAGCCAAGUUAGGGGAUUUCAUGUCGAGAAGCACCAGGCGUCGCUCACGCUGUGUUGGCAGCGCCGCCAGCUCAUGACGGGAUCAGUGUGGAGGUGCUGAGGAACUGCAUUUGGCAAGCAAGAAGAUUGGUACUAUGGUCUUGCAAACUUUUUUCUCAAGAGCUUUUAACUUGCCAUACUCUUCGAAAUUAAGUUAAAUAAAUCAUGAACUAUGGUGGUGUGACGCCUUUUGUGCUUGUAAAUUUUCUUGCUUGUUAGUCUCCUUUGCUUAUUAUCUAUCUAGUCUAGGCUCUAGACAUAUUAGUUUUGAAGAAGAAAAGAAUGUGCUUUAAGUGCAAAAUUUGGUAGUUUCAAAUCUUCUUGUUGUCGCUAUGUUAAUUAUCUUGAUGUUUCAUCAGUAAGUAAGAAGAUGCACUUUGUGGUUACGGGAGUGAUAGUUUGUUCUUUGCUUGACAACAGAUGAGCUUUUACAAUGGAGAAAGAACUUACUAGAAUUUCAUAUC